GAUAGGAAAUUAUAAAAUUCUAAAACUAUAAUGUGUUUUUGAGUUUUCGGCCGGGUCGAGCACCGAAGCAGUAGUACUCAAGUGUAUCGAUAGAGUGAGAGAAGAAUUUCAGAAAUGGCGUCGGCGUUGAGAUCGGUCGUGCUCCGUCACGUUCGUUUGCCAGUUUCUCAAGCCCUGACGGCGAGGGGAUCGAUGAUGAGCUACGCCCGAUGGAUGUCUUCGCACGACGACCACCUCAGCAAGUCGGAGGUGGUUGAAAGAGUCCUCGACGUCGUCAAGAGCUUCCCUAAAGUCGAUCCUUCCAAGGUGACUCAUGAAGUCCAUUUUCAGAAAGAUCUGGGCUUAGAUAGCUUAGACAACGUGGAGAUCGUAAUGGCUCUAGAGGAAGAGUUCAAACUGGAGAUUCCAGACAAGGAGGCUGAUAAGAUCGACUCAUGUGCACUUGCAAUCGAGUAUAUUUAUAAUCAUCCUAUGGCAGGUUAAGUUUAAGCUCAGGUUGUAUUUUCUUUGAAAAGUAGUAUAGUCUGCGCCUUUCUGUUUUGCUUAUAAGCUAAAUCCAUUAGGUGGAUGUAAUAAUCAUACUAUUCAACGAGAGUUUUAUGAACUUCAAACUUCAUUCAUUUUUCAACAUGCUACGCUUUUUUCAUCCAGAGAUUUUUGCUCCCCUCAAUUGCCAUGCAAUAUAUUUUUGCAGCCAUUAAUGGACAAUGUUUUA